UAAUCAUCAAUUCAACAACGCCAAUGAAGAUCCAAUGCGACGUAUGCCACAAAGACGAGGCUUCUCUUUUCUGUACCGCCGACGAAGCCGCCCUCUGCCACGGCUGCGACCACCGCGUACAUCAUGCCAACAAACUCGCCUCCAAACACCAACGCUUCUCUCUUCUUCGCCCCUCUCCUAAACUUCACCCCCUUUGUGAUCUUUGCCAGGAGAGAAGGGCUUUCAUGUUUUGUCAACAAGAUAGAGCGAUUCUAUGCGAAGAGUGUGACUCAUCUAUUCAUUCUGCAAACGAACACACCCUUAAGCAUGAUAGGUUCCUUCUCACUGGUGUUAAGCUCUCUCCUUCACCAGCUUCUGAUUCUUCUUGUAACUUUUCACAUCAACCUUUGACUUUGACCACUCCUUCACCACCAUCAACAACGACAACAACACUGCCUCUAUCUUCCAACAAGGGUGUGGAAAGCUUGGUGAAUGUUGAAGGGACUUCUUCUACAAGUGCUACAUGUAGUAGCAUAUCGGAGUAUUUGAUAGAGACUCUUCCUGAGUGGCAGGUUGAAGAUUUUCUCGAUUCAUAUUCUGUUCCCUUUGGCUUCUGUAAGAGUGAUGAGAUGUUGCCACUGUUUGAUGCUGAAGUUGAGGGGAAUCUUGGUUCGUUCUCGGCAGAGGGUGUUGGGAUCUGGGUUCCUCAAGCACCACCACCUCUUCUUUGUUCUUCACAAAUGGAUCGGGCUGGUGGGUGCUGUGAGAUAAAGCAAGGGACAAACAUCAAAGGAAACAGAUCAAGGUUGAAGGAUGAUAACAACUUCACGGUUCCACAGAUUAGUCCUCACUCCAAUUCUAAAAGACCCAGGUUUCUAUGGUAGAAUGGACAAGCUUCAAAUUCGAAUCUUGUGAUGGAAAAAUGCUUUAGAAUUAACACCCUCUUUGUUUUUUCUUUUUUCUCUUUUCACCCGUUGUCUGAAUCUUACUUUGCCAUUGUUGUUAAUUUGCUUCUGUUUGACUGUUUUUUUUGGGUUACGCCUCCCCUUCU